CCCACACUUUUCUUCAGAUUAUUUUGAUUUGACGCCAUCGUUUUGCUCCGAAAUAUAAAAAAAAAAUUUCUUUUUUUUUAUGAAGGACGGGAAGAAUCUGAAUUUAUGUAGAGGUGCUUUUUUUUUUCAUCACCGCCCUUCCGGGAUAUGUGUAACUUAUCCAUAUCUGUCUUUAUCUUGUUUCAUGUACACCCACUAUGAAGUCACGUGAGAGAAAUAAAGUGUCUAAAAUAGCAUUCGAAAAGAGAGCAUAGCUAUAGCUUAUGAUUGGUGCAUUGUGUCGAUGUCAUCUUUAAAAAGGAGAACCAAAAAAAGAAAGAAAAAAAAAAGUGUGUAUACGCAACAAAUCACAUCUUUCUUUCCUUUCUUUAUAUACUCUCUUUUUUUUUAUACUUAUGGCUCACUUACAACAACAUAACAAAGAUAUAUGUCGAGGUCGAAAACGUAGAACAGUAGAAGAUGAAGAGAUGAGUGAAUGCACAGCACAAAAACCUUUAUUGAUGCGUAAAAUAAAGUCACCCGAAUCAAAAAGACAAAGAACAACAUUACAGAAAAGAACCACACGGGGUGCUUUAUUAGACACAUUGGAUAAAGAAGCAUUGAUUCAUAUUCUGGAUUCUAUCCUCAAGUCACAACCUCAAGUACGAAAAGAGAUCAUACAUCAUAUUCCUGCACCUACCAUUUUAUCUGCCAUGAAUGUCUUGGUGGAUCUUGAGAAAAAGUUUCUUGCCAGUUUCCCCUUUAAUAAAAAUGGACCUGGAAGAGAUGAUUAUACAUUUUCAAGAGUACGAGAUGCACUGACAGAUUAUAUUGACACAAUAACACAAUAUGCCAAUCAUUUCACUUCAAUACAUAUAUUCCCCUCACAUUGCUUUACAUUUCUUGAUCAUGCUACACAUAUGGCACACCGAUUACCCAACUGGGAUAGUGAAGAAAACAACAGACUAAAGAAAGAACUCUAUCAAAACCUGAAUUUAUUCUGGAAAUCAGCCAUUCAGAUCACAUCACAGAAACUACAUGCAUCAAAUUAUAACCCAGACACUGUACGUGAAUGGGCCAAACAUUUAGCUCAACACAACAGUCAUACACAUGGAUGUUAUUUUACUGAAGCUGUGCAUGAAUUCACGCGAACAUUAGGUUAUUUUAUGGAUCCAAAUACCCUAAAUUCAUGUCAUCAUAUAUCUCAUACCUUGGUUCCUUCUGUUGAAGCUAUAUCCUAUCCUUAAACCUCUUUCUUGGCAUGUGGCUUUGAUAUAUAUAUAUAUAUCUAAUUUUUAAAAAUAAAUUUAGCUUGUAAAACCCU